AUGGAGGUAGCACAGAAGGGCGAAGCGCCCGCUGAGUUUGAAAAAGAUGUAUACACCAAGCUCAAGACGCUUGAGCGGGAGUACGAGUUGCUUGUUCUGCAGGAAGACUACAUUAAGGAUGAGCAGCGCCACCUGAAGCGAGAGCUUCUGCGGGCCCAAGAGGAGGUUAAGCGGAUUCAGUCGGUUCCACUGGUUAUUGGCCAGUUUCUAGAGGUUAUUGACCAAAACACAGGUAUCGUUUCAAGCACAACUGGAAGCAAUUAUGCAGUACGCAUUCUGUCCACUCUAGACCGGGAGCUGCUCAAGCCCUCGACGUCAGUGGCUCUUCACCGGCACUCGAAUGCGCUCGUGGAUAUUUUGCCGCCCGAGGCCGACUCGUCUAUCGCCAUGCUAGGCGCCGACGAGAAGCCGGAUGUCAGCUACGCCGACGUAGGUGGACUCGACAUGCAGAAGCAGGAGAUUCGAGAGGCGGUGGAAUUGCCGCUCACAGAGUUCGAUCUGUACAAGCAGAUUGGUAUCGACCCGCCUCGUGGCGUUCUACUGUAUGGUCCCCCAGGUACCGGCAAGACCAUGCUUGUCAAAGCCGUGGCCAACGCCACGACCGCCUCGUUCAUCCGAGUGGUCGGAUCCGAGUUUGUGCAAAAGUAUCUGGGUGAAGGUCCCCGUAUGGUGCGCGACGUGUUUCGGCUGGCCCGCGAAAACGCUCCCAGUAUUAUUUUUAUCGACGAAAUCGACGCGAUCGCCACAAAGCGUUUCGAUGCCCAAACCGGUGCCGACCGGGAAGUCCAGCGCAUUUUGCUGGAGCUGCUGAACCAAAUGGACGGAUUCGACCAGUCGUCUAACGUGAAAGUCAUUAUGGCCACCAACCGUGCCGACACACUGGACCCUGCGCUCAUGCGGCCCGGUCGUCUGGAUCGCAAAAUCGAGUUCCCCUCGCUGCGGGACCGUCGCGAGCGGCGGCUGAUCUUCACCACCAUUGCCUCUAAAAUGUCACUGGCGCCAGAAGCAGACCUGGACUCCCUGAUCAUGCGCAACGACCCGCUAAGCGGAGCCAUCAUUGCUGCAAUCAUGCAGGAAGCUGGUCUUCGUGCCGUUCGCAAAAACCGCUAUGUCAUUCUCCAGCAGGACUUGGAGGAGGCCUACAGCUCGCAGGUCAAAACGGGCUCUGAGAAGGACAAGUUCGACUUUUAUAAAUAG